AAUCUAAAAAAGAAAAACAAUUAGGUUUAACCCUCAAAUUAACUCAUUUCUCACAGUUGUAUUGUAUGCGACAACACACACACAUACACCUCUUUAGGUUCUUUCCCUUUCCUUACUCUCUUCUUCGUCUUCUCCUUCUUUCUUCCUGAGAGAGGAUACUAGAAGAUGGUGGAAUUAGAGGAGACUCAUAAUAAUAAUAAUAAUCCAUGGAUAACUGCUGAGCAAAUCCCUAAUGUGGAAAUUCAUUCUGAAUCGACCUUUUUGGAGAGAGAUGAUGCGGCUGGGUUUUCGGCUACCAAGCUUCCCAACUCCACAACCGUGUCUGAUUGGAAACUGGGUAUUGCCGAGCGAGCUCUCUCUGCAGCUGGUGCUGCCUUCCUUUCCGCCAUUAUUGUAAACCCUCUUGAUGUUGUCAAGACAAGGCUGCAAGCUCAGGCAGCUGGGGUUGCCUAUUCUCACCCAUUAAGUAAUAUCACAAGUCGGAUGGCUUUUUUUGGCCCAAGCAUGAUGUUUGCAGAUUUAAGGUGUUCACCAUCAUGUGCACAUGCGGGUGUCCAUGGUACUGUAUCAAUAUGCCCUCCACAUUGUUUUCGAUAUAAAGGAACACUAGAUGUCUUUAACAAAAUCAUUCGACAGGAAGGAUUUUCAAGACUUUGGAGAGGCACAAAUGCUGGUCUUGCGCUGGCUGUACCAACAGUUGGGAUCUACCUGCCUUGUUAUGACAUAUUUCGAAAUUGGUUAGAGGUACUUAGCAUCCAGAAUGCACCAAUCAUGACUCCUUAUGUCCCUUUAGUGGCUGGAUCAUUGGCUCGCUCAUUGGCUUGUGCAACUUGCUAUCCUAUUGAGCUUGCAAGAACACGCAUGCAGGCUUCUAAGGUGACUCAAUGUGGCGUGAAGCCUCCUGGCGUCUGGAAGACUUUAUUUGAGAUUCUAUCUCAUGUCAAAACCACAAAUAAUAUGCAAGAAAACUUGAAAGGCUACCGUGUCCUCUGGACAGGCAUGGGAGCACAGCUUGCACGUGAUGUUCCCUUCUCCGCUAUCUGUUGGUCUACCCUUGAGCCCAUCAGGAGAAAACUUCUUUGUCUAGUUGGUGAUGAUACCAGCGUUGCAAGUGUACUGGGUGCAAAUUUUUCUGCCGGGUUUGUGGCAGGAAGUCUUGCUGCUGCUGCUACAUGUCCACUAGAUGUUGCGAAAACCCGAAAACAGAUUGAGAAGGAUCCAGUCAGGGCAUUGCAAAUGACAACCACACGAACACUAAAGGAAGUUUGGAGGGUUGGAGGGAUGAAAGGACUUUUUACCGGUGUUGGUCCUCGUGUUGGACGCGCAGGUCCUUCUGUUGGUAUUGUGAUUUCAUUCUAUGAAGUUGUGAAGUAUGUGCUAAAUAACCGCUAUGCUACUUCAUGAUAGAGAAAAAAACACUUCAAGACGGGGAUUUUCAAACAUAACAAAAAACUCGUUACAGAGAUGCUGGAUCUGUUUCUCGCAACAUUUUUGUUCAAGCGUACUUAGUUGACUUGGAGUUCAGUGAGACAACAUUCAUACGCGGACGGCUAGUAGUUUUCGUCCAAAGGGUAGGAUACAGAUAACAACAAUGUCAAUAAUGUUAUAGAUACUAUAAAGUUUUUGGAAACUCUUUUUCCCUAAUGCUAAUUAGGUACUCAGCAAUUUUGUCCCUUCAGUUGAGCCGAAGUUUUGUUAUUAUCUGUUCUUCAGUUGAUAAAAUUUUUCCUGGGAUAAUCUCAGUUUUGCAAUGUAAUAGAAAGUACUAAUGCUAACAAUAAACCUCAAAAAACCACAUUGUUAAAUUUGGGUGGUUAAGAUUUCAUGUACACCCAAGGUUACUUAGAAAAUAAAUAAAGAAAUAUAGCUGGGUCAAUCAUUGUUGAUUGAUUAUACA